AUGAUGAAUUGACUUCUUGCCUGUUGCUGAAGAUUUUCAUCUCCUUAAUGCAUUGCAGAUAUGUCGAAAGGACACAAGCUGUCAGUGGCUGGCAGUAACCAGCCCCAACUGAGAACAUCCCCAUCUCCCUCUGGGUGUAUUUCAUCAGAUUCCCAAUCUGCUAUUUUGUGCCUCACUGUAGAAAAUGUUAAAAAGCUAGAAAAAGAGUAUUUGACUGCAAAAGGAGUCCUUAGUAACCAGUCCGUGGAGGAGUACGUUAAGCAGAGUAAUCUCUGUUUGCUGGAGAGAGAGAGGAGUGGGGAAGUCAGCAGAGAGCAUGUCCCAGAUAAAAAAGAUCCAGAAGGAGCCAUCUCCUUCCUUUCAAGAGAGCUGGAUAAAAAGUACAAGGAAACUCACUUGGAAAAGGCUGAAGAAAUUUCACCCAAAGGCAGAUUAUUGGCAGAAUUUCAGGUAGAUUCUCUAUCAACUCCGCAUGCCGGUCCUAAAUCAAAGGAAUCAAAUGAUGUAAAAGCCAGUCUGCUGUGGCCUCUUUGCAGAAAGUCUGCGGGUGGAUCUUCCGCCACUCACGGAAGAAGAUGUGAGGCUGAGGAUCUGGGGACCCAGACGGAAUGGAGUUAUUCAGACAAAUCCCUAGCGUCUGUUGAGAACGCUAUAUCAGUAAUCAGAGAGGAGAAGAGGAGCAGAGAAGAUGUGGAUGGCAAGGACAGUCCUGAGCCCACACUGAGUCAAGGCACUGUGGUACUCUUUCCUGACACAGAUGAAGAAAUUAAGACACAUGAGUCUGAAGAAGGAAGCGAAGAAUGUAACCAAACUAAAUCCAAAGGUGAAGUUGUGAGAGCUGAAAGUGAUGCAGCAGGAGGAGAAGACAAGAAGUCAGAUGAUGAAGCCCCGGAGCCCGAUUCAGAAGAGGCGAUUCGUGAUGACCUGAAAAUAACUACCCUAUUCCUAGAUGAGGAAAAUCGCAUUGCUGAAGGAUAUGAAAGCUGUGAGUUUUGUAAGGCUGUUGCAAAGCCCAUCCCAAGAGUAGAAGACCUGGAGACACAACCACUGGAAACUAUUUUGUGCUGCAGGAUGUACAAGGAAGUGUUUGAGUGUGUGAUCAAGGAGCUGAUGGAAGGCAACUCAUUUGACGAAGAGAUUGACAUUGCUCCUCAUCCUCACCUUUCACAAACAAUGCUAGAAAGUGACACCAGAAAGAAACUUGAGCAACAGUUGCAAGAGAGAGGUUUUGAUAAAUACAGGGAACUGUAUGAGCGGCAUAUGAGGUUUGGUGCCUUGACCAAAAUUUCAUUUCAAUUCUCGCAAUUCCAAGAAGAGAAUCCAGCACUGUCUCAAACUUCUGAAGACCUGGAUGCAGCGUUCAGAGCAGAGCACUUAAAGAUUUGUCAUGCUCGUGACCCUGUAAGAAGAUAUUAUCCUGAUGGGCAGAAAUUCUUUCUUCUUUUUCCAGAUGGGACAGGUCAGGUUUUUUAUCCAUCAGGUAACAUUGCCCUCCUGAUCGUGUAUGUCAAGGAAGGACAGUUUAUAUACGUCAUCCUAGAGGAUCACACAUACUCAGGGAUUCAAGCAUUCUUCACAAACCGCGGCUAUGCCACGUGCUACCAUAGGAAUGGGCUCAUCUGGCUGAAUCUGGAUAGCCACACUGGCUCCUACUUCGAUAAGAAAGGAAGAAGACAGAAGCACUGGAGUUGGCAUGACUUCAGCCAUCAUGUUCAUGCACCUCCUUUCCAGCCCAUCUGCAUGAAACUAAACAUCUAUAUCAGGAUUAAAAUUGUGGCUCAGGAGAAAAUUUACUUAUCAUUUGCUAAACAACAAAACUGCAUCCAUUUCAACAUGGGGGCUAGGCUAAAGUUGAAAGACACAGCCACACUCCACUUACUUAAACCAGCAGAAAGCCAGCUGGGGCUACUCCUGCACUCCAAAAGCAUUCAGAUCAACAGCCUCCUAGCCAAAAUGAAGGAAGUAUUACAAGACCUGCAGCGCACGCCAUUGGACAAAAUUCAGGCGCUGCCCCGUGUUCUAGCACAGCUGCGUAAACUGCUGAAAUGGAGAUGCAGAAAGACUCUUGCCCAGUAGACACGCCGGGUGUUGCAAUGUUAGAUUUCUCUCUAGUCAAGUAAGGUUACAUGGGCAGUUCACUGUGGAAACAAUAAAACUCAUUUUCAAGCAUGUCGUAAGUGUUUAGCUGUAUUCCAGCGUAGAGCAUCUAUGGCACUAAACAGCACAUUUGAAAAUACGCAGUGGAUUGUGUAUGCCUACGGAUCGACAAUACAUGCGCGCUAGUUUGAGAGAAUGAGAAGGUGGUUCUUAUAAGUAGGAGAAAGGACAACAGGGGUCACCUGCAGUUUGGUGGGAGCCUAUAUCAGACCAUGCCUGUUGUGUGACCCAGUGAGCAUGCCGGGCACCCUGGCCCAGCAUUUCUGCCCAGAAAUUCAUUGUGGAAUGAAUACGCAGCAUGCAUAUAAUGUAACAAAACACCCCUCAUGGUUACUAAAGGGGAAGGGUCUGAAUACGAACGAAAGGAAAAGAUUGUGGAUGAAGAGCCUUGUGUGGUAUGAACUCUCUCCAAUUCUUAUCACAGUGAUCGUUCCAGGGGGUUAACAGUGAAGUAGCCUGAGCGACUAGGGUUGGUAUUGAACAAGCUGGCUGGUGUGUUUUUAUUUGAGGCUUUCAAAGUGAGACAGGGUGAAGAGAAUGGGGCUCUGCCACAGAUCCUAAGCAAAACGGCAAGUUAAUCAAAGAAAUGGAGCUAAGAAUUUUUUUCCUCUGUGAACUAGUUUUCUUAAAUGAAACAGUUAGGCACCACUAUUACUUCAGUCUGUCCUUGUAAGUCACUUUCUCCAGUCUUCAUGACUCUCUUGCUCUCUGAAAGACCUUCAGUUUGUCUACAAUUUUCUUGAAGAGCCCAGACCUGAAUGGAGUAUAUUCUAGGAGUGGUCUGACUGGUACUGACUGAAAAGGGACUGCAAGUUCACUGCUCUCCAACAACAUAUGGUCUCUGUGCAUAUAGCCUAAAUUUUUUUGCUCCCUACCAUUUCACAGUACCAGCUCAUACCUAAUUCACUAUGAUCAAACUUGGGCCUCUUAAUGUACUGAAUGCCAGAUUUCUCUCCCCUUGAUUAGCUGGGUUUCAUAUUUCCCCCAGGUACAGUAGCUUGCAUUUUAACAAGUUCAGAUUCAUUUUAUUAUUUCCUGACGAUAUUUCUACCUCUCUAGGUCCCUUUAUUAAUCAUCACUAUACUUUCUUUAGUCUUUCAGCUAGUUUUCCAUCCAGUUUAGUCUUCCAGCUAGUUUGGCAGCACUCAUAACCAAAUCAAUUUCAAUUAGUUUUUCCAAGUAAAAUUUCAAAAUGCUAUCAAAUUAUGUACCAGAAUUCAGAUCUUAGACGUUUAUUAGUUUAGUAAAUGUAUUAAAAGGUGAUCAUGUUCACGUGGUAUGGCAUUCUUUAUAAACUCAUUCUGCUUAUUCUUUAUGGCUGUUAUAGAUGUUUACAUCCAGUGUACCUAGGAAGGCAUGAUGUUACAGAAUUUUAUAAACUUAGAAAAAAAUUACUUAUCUAAUAAA